AAACUCAUGUUGUCGGUCACAGUCUCCCCCAGGCGUUGACGCGACCGGCGCCCGGCGGAAGUAGUAGGGUUUGUAACUUCACGUGAAUCAGACGGUACAGACCGACACUCCGACUCCUUUCUCAUCAGAAGCUUCCAAAGGAAUUAGGUAUCUUUUCAGGCGAUAAAGGGUGAGAGAGAGCGGAGGAAGGGAGGUUUCAAGGCGCCGAAAUGGGGAGGACGAGACUGUCACUCCUCUGGGCAGCGAUACUGCUGAGUGCAAAGGCCCUUGGGACCCGCGCUGCCGGGGACACGGCUAAUGAAACAGCAUCGGAGGAAGACUUAUUCGAAGACCCCCUUGAGAAAUGGUUGGAAAACUUUCACACGUACACAUUCAUGAUAGAGCAAGACGUGGGAGACAAAAGCCCUGUUGCCGAGGGCGACGAAGCGACAGCAGGUCCCGAGGAACCUUCGACCUCUGAGGAGGAUCUGACUUUGGGAGAGGAAGAUUAUGACCAGGGAUCUUCUGCUCCAAUUGCAAUCUCCAUCAAGAAAUAUGGAAGUCUUCUCGAUCCGAACGUUGACUACAAAUUGAAAAUCGAAUCUCUGGUUGCGGAGGAAGGAUCCGUUCUGAUCUCUCUUGAGAGUAUCGAAAACAAGACAGCUUGUGGCGUAGGUGGUUUCUCUCUCCAUCCAGUCGAAGAAGUUGAGUCGGUUGACUCAGAGGACCUGCAGCAAUUGGACGGAACGGGUACAGAUGGUGCUGCAGGUCAGCGUCGCAAGGCCAGUCACCGCCUGCGAGGAAGCACUACUAGGUCUCCCGUUGUGGCGUUUGCCGUAGACACAGAGGCCGAGAAUAUGACAACAUGGACUGUAGGUGACGAUGCGGGAUCAGAAUGGACGGAGCACAGCAAAGAUUUGUGGUGGGCGAUGGGACGUCUGGAUGGAGGAGGAGGACUCACCCUUGUUUUCACUCCGCCUGAGUGUGGAUGCCUUGUUCUCAAAGCUUACUAUGCACUGCCUAUCGGGGACAAUGUUACAUUGGUUGUUGGACCAGAAUCUUAUCCAUCAGAUUUAGAAAAACUUUUGUGUGUUGAUCCGUCAGUCAGCAGCAUCGAGGAAAAUCUGAUUGAAACUGAAACGGAAGAUGUGGGUUUGGAACAAGAGGAUGAACCAAGUCCUUCACGUGGAAGUGGCGCUGGACCCACUGAAGCUUCAAAAAAGGGACCAAAAGGACGAGGCAGCGUCAACGCUCGAAGGAAAACACGACUUCAGAAGAAGAAAAGAAGACAGGAAGCUCGCCAGGCCAUUCGACAAGCCGGGAAACGCGUGACCAGAAAAAGAGUGCGCGCACAUUUACGUCUUCGAAGAAAGGGCGAACAAACAGACGAAGAAGACCGGAGAGUGAAGCCAGCUGGUGGAAAGUGGGCUCGUAAACAAGCAAGAAGGAUGGCACGGAAGCAAGAAAAGAAGGAAAGAAAGGCGUGGAAAGGCAAAAAACCUUGGAAAAAACACAGGAAGCACGCACGCAGGAACAGGAACAGGCAUAAUAAGGCCAAUCGACACCAGAAUAGGAAUCAAAACUCAACAGAAGGCCUCGAUGAGGAUGCUUAUGACGAUCAUCUAAACGCUACCACCGAACCACCGACGGAAGAAGACACUCUCGCCGAACUUCUUCUUGGUGACGAAGCGGAACAGGAAGACCCUGAGGAAACUGAUGAUGCGGAAAGUGGUGACGAAGUUCCCGUUCACCGUCGUGGCCGCAAGCAACGAAGGCAGAAGGGGAGGAGGGCAAGGAAGAUGAAGAACAAAGAAAAAAGAAAGGGGACGAAAUUCUGCUGUAAGCAAGGAAUCAAGUAUAAAAAGUCACAACUGAAUGCUAAUUCGACAGACGAGACAGAUCAGCCAGAGAUUCCAUGUGAUAACAUAAAUGAUGUUGUUACUACCUUCGCCUUACAUCAGUUUGGUGUAGAUGAUGCCCACUGCUCUUCAAGAUACGAGACAUGCUGUUCUAAGUUUACUCGAGAACUCUGGGAGAAUGUGAGAGCCAAGAAAGCAGCCAGGAAAGCCAAGAGAAAGCAGCAGCGUAAGUCGAACCGUCAGGAGAAGAGGCGCCAGAACCGGCGCCACCGGUCGUCUACGACGCCAGCGACCACCUCAACGACCUCCAAUUAAUCCAUACACCGGUUGACCUGAGAAAUGCUUCUGUUACACGAGUGAACUGACCUGAUCCGUGCUAUUCUUAAGAGAUCUAAUAUAUAAUUUUUUAAAUCAGCAACUUUUCAUCACAACUUUUUUUUUAUACUACACAGUCAAACUAUUAAUUUGGAAGUUUUUAGUAGAUCUUACAGGAAUUUUGUUUAGCUCCCAAUAAUUUAUAAUUAUGAUUUUUUUUCAACAAGUGAUACUAUUUUAAAGGUCGGUAUGUAUUCGGCUACUGCAGUUGUUUUUUCUGAAAUAGAUGACCCAGAGGCAAAUAAUUUUAGCUCACUGGUAGCAAGAAUUUACCACUAGCUUUUCUGAUUAACAUUAUUCUACGUCAUUUUGCAAUUGGUGAAGUGAGCAUGAUAAGUGACAACCACGCCAUCUGGUGACAUCCAUCUUUAAUACUCUACAGCAUUAUAACUUAUACGGGAUUCUUUCAGUACUUCAAAACUUAUGAUGCUCAUCGUUCACCCUGUGUUGAAAGUUUAGAUUGCAAAGGCUCUCUCUCUCUCUCUCUCUCUCUCUCUCUCUCUCUCUCUCUCUCUCUCUCUCUCUC